CGUCGCUGCUUCUCGUUGACCCUAAUUUUAUCACAUUCAUUGCUCGUCACGCCGCUACACCCCUUUCCGCAGCUAUUUCCACCACCUUCCAAGCGAUCACUGUGCAGCACAGGUUCAUGCUAGGUUGAUCAGAACUCAAGAUGACCCCAAGAUUCCUCCAAAGCCAUGGGUUACUCUACCUUGGGUUAUCCAAGGUCGUCGCUGCUGAUAAUAUGCCAUACUCAUCGUAUCAACCUCGUAACGACGCGGGCGACGCUAACGACCCCGCCUCACCGACACUGCAUGAUUGAGCUCCUCGAGCGUGUCCUCAUCCUCAACCUCGAUCUCACUCGUCUAUACACUCUCAUUUGGCCGCUGAGAAUCCAUUCUAGUCAAUUGAGCGGACCCUGGACUCGCCUUGCCAUAAAGCACCGCCCGUCAUAUCCUUCAAAAUGUCCGGCGGUUCCGACCCAGCUCGCGAGGCGAAGGUCCUGGAUAUUGGACAUGGCCGGGAAGAACCUGCGUAUGCUGGGGGCCUCCAAUGCCCCGGAUGUAUGAAGACAUUCAAGAGAGAGUCUGAACUCCAUCGCCACUGGCGUUUACCGAUACCAUGCCAAAUGCCAGGCUGCACCCAAACAUUCCGGGACGACAAGCUGAAAAGCUUCAUCAGUCAUCACGCGACAAAGCACAGCGUCGAUGGUCAGGAAACUUUGGAUCAGGGUCAACUUGAGGACUGUUUUGCUGCCAAAAAGAGGGAACAUCGCAAUAAUAUUCGCCCAGACCUCUGUACUGUACGCAAUCCGAAAUUCGCGACUGCUUCUCAAGAUGCUUCCGGCAAUUGGCAUCUCAAUCUCGAAGGAGAAAUCCCCUUGUCACCGGGGCUCGUGCAAAGAGACAAUCUCGCUCGCUACGGGCAAGGCGAGACACAUCCUUCCCACGCAGGUGGAUCAAGCCUCAAUGGAAGAGUAUCAGAACUGAAGCAGGAACUGUCGCACAAGGUUAGUGUCAAAUUCGAUAGGCAUGAGGACUGGCUUUGACAGUGGCUUUAAUUCCAAUUUGUUGACUACCUCAAAAACACUGUCCUCAAAGCCGAACGUGACAUACAAG